GGCUUGAUAAGCAGAAGUCCUCGAAACUGGGACAACAGGAAUGCAUAACGGAGUGGUAGGUUUCCAAAGCAAAGAGAACGACGGCAAACAGCGACAGAGAGAGAGAGAGUAGCCGACAAAGAUCAAAGAAAAUGCGUGGCAAAAGGGAAGAACUCAGUUCAGAAUGGUUUUAAGGCAGUUUCUGAAUGCCAUGGGACAUGUCGUGUUCACAUCAAUCUUUAUCGCCUCAGCGUCUGGCAGAGGCCUUGAAAAAUUGCCAAAACCCAAGAACGUGUUUGUAAAUUCGACCAACAUGAGGCACAUCCUGAGGUGGAGUCCUGUGAGAGUUCCUGUGGGAGAGAUCAGUUACUCAGUACAGUUUCAAGGUGAGUUUGAGAGAAAUCACAAGAAGACUUGGGUGGCAAUCUCGGAAUGCUCUGGCAUGACUGAAACAUCUUGUGAUGUCACGAUGGACAUAUCAUCAGAUGUGGAUUAUGAUCUGAAGGUACGGGCCCAACUUGGAAACAUCACUUCCAAAUGGGCAAACCUCAGCAAACUCUUCAAUCGUAAAGAGACCAAUCUCACAACACCGAGCCUGACAGUCAAAGGGAGCGGUGGGUUGCGAGCCAUUAAUGUUAGUGAUGUAAAGAAGAACAUCAAUGCUCGUAUUUAUUACUGGGAAAAAGCUGCGGACCAGCAGAUUAUGAAUACUUCCAUAGACCAGAAUCUUUACAGUAUUGUCCUGCAGAAGGGAGUCCUGUAUUGUUUUCAAGCUCAACUUUUCAUUUCAGAAUAUAACAAGUUCAGCAACCAUAGUGACCCAGUAUGCGAGUCAGCCAAUGAUGUUCCAGAUACCAUAUCCAAGGAGACCCUUAUAACAGUGUCUACAGUGUUACUUCUUGGAGUCUUCAUUCUGAUAGUCUCCCUGUUUCUCACAUGGAAGAUCUUCUGUCAAACCCAAUCUGCAUGGCUUCCCAAAAUCUCAACUCCCUACAUUCCAAACUUUGAUAGCCAUCGAGUAGACGUCAUGAGUGAAGAGGACCACAGCCAUGAGUAUUGCCAUGUCGUGCAGGUUCUGCUUCAGUCAGAGCCGUUACUCAGUCAAUGUCAAGCACUGCCGCGGGAGGAGAGUCCACACUGCAAACAGAUACAGACUGCUGGGCAAUCAACUUCAUGAUAUCAGGGAAUGUUUCCCAAUCGCAUUGUUAAAUAGAAAAUGAGUGUUGGAGAGGAUAUUGGAGACUGAUCCUGACAGCACUGGCAGCUUCUGAAUUAGGAAGCAACAGGACAAGUAUUUAAAGAAUUUAAUAUGAAAUGACAAAUUCACAGCGACAUGCUGCUCAUGGAGUUGGAUUGAAAUUCAGUCGGACGCAAAUUCUCAUUCUUGACUUUCAAGUAUUUCAGCGGGCACAAAGCGCUGAAAUGUUUGAUGGCCUGUAUUGACCCAACACCCAUUCACUUCCCACAAUCCAAAAAAGCCUGGGAUUCUGUCCCUUCCUUUGGCUGCAUCCCUAAACUAAGUAUUAGGUGAUCCUAAAUGAUCAACUAAUGCACUCAUCUAGUCACAAUAUGGACAAAAGGGAGGGUAUUCUUCAGCCCGUUGACUCCGCCAACAUAUCAUGGGUAACUUCUAGGAUUUUGAGAUUGGAAGACAUAGAUUGUGCUGUUAUUUACAGAUUAGAUUCCCUACAGUGAGGAAACAAGCCCUUCAGCCCAACAAGUCCACACCACCCCUUGAAGCAUCCCACCCAGACCCAUCCCCCUACAACCCACACACCCCUGAACACUACGGGCAAUUUAGCAUGGCCAAUCCACCUAGCCUGCACGUGUUUAGACUGUGGAGGAAACCGGAGGACCCGGAGGAAACCCACGCAGACACGGGGAGAACGUGCAAACUCCACACAGACAGUCACCCGAGGCUGGAAUUGAACCCGGGUCCCUGGCGCUGUGAGGCUGCAGUGCUAACCACUGAGCCACUGUGCUGCCCCGGUAUCACGCGUGCUCCUCUGUCUCUCUUUCAAGCAGUACAUCAUUCUACACAUAAAAUCCUAAUUUUGCAACUGUUGCCAAGCUCAUUAACCGUAGUAUAACAACUGAGCCUGAUCUUUCUCUGUAGCAAUUAGGAAUUAAUAUCUAUUGAACCACCCUGUCCCCUAUACCUCCCAGAUCCUGUCUAGACAUUCUGUAUCGAAUGUGCUCUCUAACCAAUAAUCAACGCAGUCCUGGAGUUCACAUCCAUGAUGCAUUAGUCUGAAUGGCUUGGUGUCAACUCAUAGCAUGUGAUGCACUCAAUCCCUGACUCAUUGAUGUACUAUCUACAAUCUCUAAUUGAUAUUCAACUCCUCUCCAACCUGCUCGGGCAUUCAAUUAGGUUUUGGUUGAUCUGCAUUGUAACUGCAGCCAAUUACUUUGGUUCCAAAUCUGUUCUUUCUGAUGAAGGGUCUAGGCCCGAAACGUCAGCUUUUGUGCUCCUAAGAUGCUGCUUGGCCUGCUGUGUUCAUCCAGCCCCACACUUUGUUACCUUUAGACUAACACACUUGCUUUGGUUUCUUAAGUAAACAGUAGCAGUAUUGUGUAUGUCAGUGUAUUCAAUGAGAGUUUAUGGGGGAUAGAGGUACACUGUUAAUACAGAGCAGAGAUCCCUCUUCCUCUGCCCUUGACAUGACUUGGGGUCAGUGACAGUGACACUGAGGGUUCUGAAUGAACAAUUUUCCUGUCCCUUGACUCACAAAAUUUUCAACAUUCUUGAAAAAAAUGAUUUUUAAUUUAUAAAUAAGAAUAAACAUUUGUUACAUUUACUUAAAUAUUUUUCAUUUUCCUCAAUAUCGCACGAUCAAGGACUAUGUUUUUGAAGUAGAUUCACUAUGAGUGUGUAAUAUGUCCUGUCCCCUUCAAGUCUUUGAUCUAGGUCACACCUUUACGUUAGAUUUGAUCCAAUGACCAAAGUCCAUUAACUAUGGGAUGAUAUUAUGAUGAUCUAGGGUAGGUGCUGGCCAGCUCCCUGUUGGUAUCCAAAUCAAAUACAGUUCCAAAGUCCUGUUGUGGCUUUUCUGUUUGAGUGGGAACCUGGACAGUGAAUGUUCACAGGCGAAGAACCUGCUACCUACCUCAUUAUGUCAGGAACCCCUUCCUCUCUACAUUAUCACUACCUCAAGGUUUCCGCAGUGUACAUAAUAUUAUUAUUAUUUACUUAUUAUGAUGAUGUUCUCCCUGUCCUACAGCCAGUGUAAAAGAAACAGAGUGAGGUUGUGAGGUCUUGUCUUACUUAAUUCGAAACCUUGGUUCAUUAACUCAGAGAUUCUGCAGGUAGAUGUUACAACCAGA